CAAAUUUCUACCAAAACCUGAGACACAGCCUAUUUACUGAAUCUUGACCUUAAAUAGAUGAGGAUUACACCUUAUGUAACACGAACAGGUCAUGGAUAGGUACAUUUAUUCCGAUAAAUGAAAGAUAACACGCUUUUAUAAACGAAGUACACACUUUCACAGAAUUUUAACUGCAUGUCAAUGUCUACUUCAGAUUUUAUUCAGAGAUUAAAGAAUGGUGAAAACAUACUCAUCGCAGAAGGUUAUCUUUUCGAAUUUGGUCGAAGAGGAUACCUGAAAUAUGGUGCUAAUACACCGGAAGUAGUCGUCGAAAAUCCAGAACUAGUUGAAGUGAUGCACGAGGAGUUUGUUCAUGCAGGAUCCGAUGUUGUUGAAGCUUUCACUUAUUAUGGUCACAGAGAAAAACUAAAAAUAAUAGGAAGAGAAGAUGAAUUGGAAAAGCUUAAUAAAACUGCCCUACGGAUAGCUAGGAAAGUAGCAAGAAAACACAAUAAGCUGUUUGCAUUUGGAUUGUGUAAUUCUACUGUGUUUGUACCGGGAGAUGAAAAGGCUAAUGCUAAAGUCAGAGAUAUGUUUAAGGAACAAAUAGAAUGGGCCGUAGAGGAAGGUGUUGAUUAUAUCAUAGGAGAAACUUUCAAUGCACUUGGUGAAGCAAUGCUUGCAUUGGAAUGCAUUAAAGAGUAUGGAAAAGGGAAACCAGCAGUUAUAACAAUCGCUGCAUAUUUCCCGGAUAUAACCACAGACGAUGUACCUAUACCAGAGGCAUGCAGAAUUCUAGAAGAAAACGGAGCGGCUGUUGUAGGCCUUAAUUGUGCAAGAGGUCCGGAAACAAUGCUUCCUUUACUAAGAGAAAUACGAAAAACCUGUAAAGGUCCAAUUGCUGCACUGCCGGUUCCAUUCCGUUGUACUGAUGAAUACAGAACAUUUCAGUCCCUGAAAGAUCCAAAAACAGGUAAACAUCUUUACUUAAAUGAUUUAGAGAGUGUCAGAUGUAAUUCUGUCGACAUACGUCACUUUGCUCAUGAGGCCAAACAGAUAGGUGUGCAAUACAUUGGUUUAUGCUGUGGUAACUUUGCCUCCUACUUUCGUGAACUAGCAGAGGUCUAUGGCAGAACGCCCCCUGCAUCCCAUUAUUCACCGGAUAUGUCUAUGAACUCCGUUUUUGGGGAUGAGGAAACUGGAGUAACUAAUGCCCUAGCUGCUAAGAUGAAGGAAUUCACGCUAGGUAUCAAGAAAUAAUUGGAAACCAAAGUGUUUCGUCGAUUUUUUUUUUAGAAAAGAAUGAUUUAUAUUGGGUGUUCAAAUAUAACACUAUCGACAAUAUUGAUGAUAAGAAAGUGAAUCAAUUGUCUGAAAUUAUGACACUAAUUCAUGGUUUUAUGUUAAGGCUAACUAAGUUAACGUUCUUAUAUGUGUCGGUAUACAUCUUUAAUAGUGGUGUUCUUUGUGAAUAGUGCCUGAUUAGAUGUAACGUGACGUCGUCAUCAUGUAAAACGUCAAUUUUGUAUUUACGUUUUUCACUACCAACUAGAUCGAAGAUUGAGUAAUAGAUCAAAACAAAAUUGUUUGACCAUAUGAUUUUAUUUUAUUAUUAAAACAGAAAUUAAAGCACAAAACAUGAUUAGAUAUUUAUCGACAAAUACAAUAACGUGUUUUCAGAUUACAUGUACUUUCUAUAUACAACCUUUCACUAUUAUGGCAAGAAUUCAACCAGAAAUUAUUCAGAAAAUAAAAGAGAAAACUACAUUAUCGGCCCUUUUGUGAGUUACACUAGUUCAGGAGCCAACGUUGUGUGAAAAAGUUACCAAAAUGUAUGACCAAGUUAAUUGCUAUUAAAUAUUUUUCCUGAA